AUGUUUCCCGGCGUUUUCUAUGCACUGUUGGCGGGCUUCCUGGGAGCCGUGGCGUCCUCGUCCGCCAAACUGUCGCUGGGAACGGAUUACCUUAAAGGUGUUUGCGAGACCGGGCUGAGGACGUGGGGAGAGCAGCGUAGAUUCCGACAGGAGAACGAGACUACCGCCUGCGACUGGCUGCACAUCCCCCUGCGUCUGCUGUGUGGCGGGCUGCUGUUCACCUGCAAUGCUGUGAUGUGGACCUUCCUGGCCAAGGCCCUCCGAUACUCCUCCUCCUCCACCCGGACCACUGUGACCACCACCGCAUCCAACUUCAUCUCCUCCGCAUUCCUCGGGCAGCUAAUCUUCGGGGAGACCCACAUAGCGCUGUGGUGGGUGGGCAUCUCCCUCACCCUCUCGGGCCUACUGGUGCUGCACAGAGCCAACCCACAACCGGCGGACGGCAAGAAGGACGAAUAACAGACGAGGAUGCGUCGUGUAGCCAACCCAGGGGUGCAUUUCUCGAA